AUGCAACCUGAGAUUGAUUCACUAAAGCAACGAAUUUCUGAACUUGAAGCUGAAAAGGCUGAGCUCGAAGCCAAGAAUGCCGAGCUUUUAAAACAGGUUAUGGAAGAGAGCACCAAACGCGAAGCUGAGAAUCUUUGGGAUCAGAAUCAAAAUAAGAACCUGGACAAAACAUCUCAAUCGCACAAGAAAAAGGGAACAGAGAAUAUCGCUCAGGUGAUAGCUGAUGGGAUUCAGGAUGACAUUAUUUCAGAUGAGUCGGAGGCUCGAAGCUUUGUUUCCUCAAAUCAUGUGACUGAAAUUUCAGCGACGGCCCGUCGUCAAAAUUCUGAUACAAUCUCAUUACUCGACUUGGCACAAUUAUUUGAUAAAGCAACAAAUGCUGAAUAUUAUGCUGCAAAAGCUAACCAGGAAGAAACCUUAUGCUGGAUUAACUAUGGAAAAGAAUUCGUAAUUCAAUAUCAAUAUGCCAUCGAACAUGGAAUGGACCCCGAGAAAUUUUCAGUCAUUACUGAGGCUGAGAAAAAUAGAUGGGCCAUGGGGUGUCUUCCUGCCGACAUGGAAAGAGAUAUACGCUUCUAUCGUGGUGGAAUAGAAAGGAAGGAAGAUACUAGAAAAUAUCAUAAAUUUUUAACAGAUCGGGAAAGACUAGUCGGUGAAGAGUUAUAA